GUCAGAGAUAACUUACCAUAGAGAAACAAAUCAAGGAGUGGUAGCGAGAAGUUGUCACAGCUACUGCGAAGGCGGCGAUACGAAAAAAUGGAUUCAGAGCGGGAGCUCUAUGAAGCUUUAAAGGAAAACUUGGAAUCAUCGGGAAGCCUACGCAAAGUGAGAGCCGAAGUAAAAUCAGAAAUAAUGAAAGUUUUCGACACUAAUCCGCAGCCACGGGAUAAACCAGAAUUGCCCGAAAGUCUACUACUUAUUAACAGUUUAAUUCAAGAAUACUUGGAAUGGAAUGGGUACAUGUAUACGUCGCAGAUUUUAGCCGACGAGUCCGGAAUGACAAGCAAGACAUACAGUAGGCAGACUAUGCAGAAAGAACUACAGGUUUCAGAAGACGAAAAUACUCGAAAACUGAGGCACUUGACGAUUUAUACUGCAUACAAGAAAAGAGGAAAAGGCUCAUCCACUUAGUUGUGACACAGUUGAAAGUGUGUGUCGAGUGAUAGCACAGACAGGCAUUGAAAGAAGACUGUGAUGAAAAAUAAGAAGACAACAGCUGCAGAAGUCACUGCAGAACUGAAUGUUGCACUCACGAAUUCACUCUGUCAGCAACAAAACAGCACGAAGGGAACUCCAUAAGCAGAGAACUGCAGGGCAAGCUGGAAUUACAAAGCCAUUCAUCGGUGAUAAAAAUGCCUGUAACAGGAAUACAUGGUACUGGAGCCAUAAAACCUGGACUAUGGAGCAAUAGAUUAUCAUCAUUUGGUCUUAUUUCACACUGUUUUUGACUUACAGCAAAGUAUACAUCCCAAGAAUGGAACAUGACAGGUGCUCUGUGAAGAUUUGGGCAGCCAUAUUGUGGUAUUCCAUGGGCUCCAGGUUACUUUACAAGGCACAUUACUGCUAAGGAUUAUGUGACCAUUUUGGCUGUUCAGGUGCAUCACAUGGUACAAUGUUUGUUCCCAGAUGGUCUUGCUAUCUUCCAAAAAGACAGGGCCUCUGUUCAAACAGCUAUCAUCUUCCAGGACUGAUUUUGUGAGCACAAGGAUGAGUUGUCACAUGUGCCCUGGCUGUCACUGUCACCAGAUCUCAAUGUUAUUAAGCGUUUAUAGUCUCCUUUGGAGAGAGAGGGGGGGAUGAGUGGCACAAAAUUUUCUUGAAAACCAUACAGGAUUUGUUUUUAUCCAUUCUGAGAUGACAGGAAUCUGUUUUGAAUGCCAAAAAGUUUCCUACACUGUAUUAGGCAUAGUAAUGUAAUGUCUUUAGUGUUUCCAUAUUUUUGUUCAACCCCUGUAAUUAGUGUCCUCUGUUAUCUGUUGCUCAUUAUACUUACAAGUUAUCACACUUUGGUUCCUGGUAUUUUAUGUAGCCGAGUGCUUAAAUUUUUUUACAGUUAAGUGAGUGACUUCGGAAACCAUGUAUGUCUAGAAUUUUUUGUAACAUAUUUUUUCACAUUAUUUAACUUGUCUGGGAUCAACAUACAGUGUGCAUAGUCCAGUGCCUCAUCUCAAAGAUGCUGAGCCAUAGAAAACUGCAAUGAUGGCAGGGACAAUGUAUGCAGCUUCUGCUCCGAUCAGAAGAUGCCAUAAUAAUGCUUGGGAAUGAUACUCUGGUGUUAGUUCUGGGCUGAUCAGUAGAUGUCACAACAAUGCUUGCGAGUGAUACUGUGCAGGUGUGUUUGGCAUUAACAAAUGAUGUGUCCACACUGUUGUCAGCUUUCAAACACUGUACUGUUUGUUAAGAAUCCGUUGUAAUAUUGGGAUACUCGCCAAUCUGUUGAAAAUGAUGUUACAAUGUACCGGAUGUGUGAAUUGGAAAAAUAACUUCAUACCAACAAGAGCAACAGCUCCUGUCUGUAAGUGAGCAUACAGUGUUUCUUCAAAUUAAGUACUGACCAAAAGUCUGGCUUGACCAACACUGUUAAUUUGUUAGUAACCUGCAACAACCCAUCAAAAAGGAAUACCAUAAAGGAGAGUAAACUUCAAAGUGCCUGUCCAAAAUCUUGCACAACCUCCUUGAAAUAAAAUAUUUUGAUUGAUGGAGAACAAAUAUGUACAUUAGAGUAGUAUUUAAUUCUUUGCAUGGUGUAAUAGAAAACAGGGUGCUGUGACUGACAAAGCUGCUAUUGAAAGGAGUUGUGCUGUUGUGUAAGUGAAGGAAAUAUCAUAAGAAAAAUGAAACAGAUGCAGAAAUAUGCUUUGAGAUUCAUGAUCAUAUUGAGAAAUUUCCAGCUAAGUUCAAUCAUUAUCAUUACCAGAGUAUAAAGUACUUAGAUGCUGGGCUGGAUUCACAUGGGAAAUAAUUUAAUGAAGCUGUAAUCUGCACACAAGUGAUGGUAUAAUUAAAUGUGAGUGGAGGGAUUUUACUGUCAUCCCUUAUGAGAAAAGUAACUGAAAAAGAAAUAGAAGUUAAUGAAAGGAGAGCAAAGAAUUUUGCCACAAAACUUAAGUGCAAAAUCGAUUUGUGCAUGGAACAGGAUGAGACUAUUGGUGUCAUAUUUUACUUCAAUGAGAAUCUUCUGCUAGCAAAACUUCUCAAUUUUUUAAAAAAUAUUUAUUUGUUUAUUUAUUUAUUGUGAAAGAGAAGUAGGGAAAGAGCCAUACACUAUUACUCAAAUACAUAAAUGAAUAUUUACCUCUUCCACUAAAAAUCUUCACCUUUUCCUGAUGGUUUUCUUGGACAAAGCCGUAACUGUGUUUUGAUUUUGUUUUGUUCUGACAUUGUAAGUGCUCAGCAAGAUCAUGCAUAACUUUCCCAUUAGAUGUCAUUCCUGUCUCCAUAAUGUACAAAAGUAAUAUAAUUGGUUGUAUGUUCCAGAAGAGUAUGUAGUCAUAAUCAGUUAAUCUAAAUUUGAAGUGACAAAAUUCACAUCCUCACACAUUUUGGAUUUUCAUUAUUCACUAUGGAAAGACUGUUACUAGAGGAGUACUAUAGCUGUGGAACCACUGGGUAGUCCUAUACUGGCCAACAAAGAAACUUAAUUUUUACCUGGUAAAUACAUGGGAUUUCUGUAUGAUUCACAGCACAAGGAUCUUGUACAGCCAAUGAGUUUAUUCAGAGAUUGGUGUGUUAGUCAGGCUCAAAACAUGUCAGGCUGUCCAACUCUCUCUCUCUCUCUCUCUCUCUCUCUCUCUCUCUCUCUCUCUCUCUCUCUCUCUCUCACACACACACACACACACACACACACACACACACACAUCCUUCUGGACCUGUUGCAGUGAGUAAAAUUAUGUUAAGCAAUGUGACCAAGAUGGUGGUAUAUAUAGUGCAGGAUUUCCACAAAUUUUAUAAAAAUUUCUGCAUGUUUCCCAGUGCUGAGUUGGCAGAUGACACUGUGGAUUAUGUUUUUUGAAUUUAUCACUCACAUAACCUUUUGUAUUCUGUCUUUUACAACAAUAAAUUUUCAGUGUGUA